AUGGUCAUAGACUUCCAGAAAUUGAAUAGCGAAACCAUUACCGAUAGAUAUCCCAUACCCGAUGUCAACAUGACAAUACAGAAUUUAGACGAUGUGUUAAUAUAUUCAUCCUCACACGAUGAACAUAUGGAACACAUAAGAAUUGUUAUAAAUGCACUGCGUCAAGCAAAUAUGAAGAUUUCAUACGAAAAAUCUAGUUUUUUCAAGGACAGCACUGAAUAUUUGGGACAUAUUAUUAAACAUAACAGAAUAACCGUAGACCCACAAAAAACUGAGACCAUAAAAUAUUACCCGGUGCCUAUGAAUUUGAAAGAAUUAAGAUCAUUUUUAGGACUAGCAGGAUAUUAUAGAAAAUUCAUCAAAGACUACGCCAAGAUUACUAAACCCCUAACAUUGUUUUUAAGAGGAAAAAAUGGUCUCGUAAAGAAAAAUCAAAGUGAAAGAAUGCAAAUAAAAUUAGAUGAGGAAGCCAUAAAAGCGAUGAAUAUAUUAAAAAAGGAAUUACAAGCACAAGUCGAACUCUUUCAACCCGAUUUCAAUAAACCCUUUGACUUAACCACGGACGCAAAACAAUUGAUAACAGAAGAAAUUCUAUAUCAAAUAAAAGCCACACUAGUACAAACUUUCCCAACAACUAAUUUUGUAAUAGCAAAUGCAUUAGUCAGAGACAUCACUGACGAAAAUGAACAGAAUGAAAUAGUUGAACAAAUACACAGAAGAGCACAUACAAAUUAUAGAAAUAAGAUAAAAGAACUCUCUGAGAGCUAUUACUGGCCUAACAUGCAAGAUAUGGCAAAGAAGGCAGCACAAAUAUGUGAGAUAUGUAAAAAAUGUAAAUACGACAGACGACCGAAUAAAUUACUUUACGGAAAAACCCCAAUACCAAAUGAAGUAGGUACACAUUUACACAUGGAUAAAUUUUUUAUGGACAACCAAAUAUAUAUAACUACAGUAGACAGAUACUCAAAAUUCUGCUAUAUAAGAAAAAUACCAGAUAGGAAAAACACAUUUAUAUAUUUGAAUGAAAUACUAUCACAAAUAUUCCCAUACGCAACGAACCUAACAACCGAUAACGACCCGACAUACGUUAAUGUAGUAGCAAAAUCUGUAUACGAUCGACUACAUAUACAGCACACAGCAGUGCCACCACUACAUUCGACAACGAACGGUCAAGUAGAGCGGACGCACAGCACAAUAGUGGAGCUAACUAACUUACUAGUAAAGGAAACCAAAGGCAAACACGAAGAGCGUGGAUGUGACCACUGGGUUUCUCAUUAUCUUGCGACCAAGCUGCCAACCGACACGCAUACCGCAUGGGAGCGACAUCUUGGAAGUAAAACCGAUAUACCAACAUUCGGUGAGCUGGAAGCGUUUUUAAAUACUCGUAUUUUAGAAAUCGAUGCAAUCGAAAAUCGCAGCAUGACCUUUACUGCUUCAUCUGCAGUUAAAUCUCCAAAGGAUACAAAACAUCAAACCCCUUUCAAUUAUAACAACUCAAAACCCAUUCAGAGAUCGAUGGUUAAUGCUAAAAGUUUUCACGCUGCUCCAAACGUCAACACAGCUCAAGUUGAAUCAUGCGCUUUAUGUGGUCAAGCACAUAUUAUACGCCGCUGUCCAACCUUUCUCUCAAAAGAUUGCUAUGAGAGGAAGGCAAUCGUUGAUAAGGCAAAGCUGUGUCUCAAUUGCUUAAGUAAGGCUCAUGCACUUUCUAAGUGCACUAGCAUCAAAAAUUGCCUCCAGUGUGGCCAACGUCACCACACUUUACUGCAUUUUCCAUUCGCUACAAAGACUACUCCUGCAAAUAACGCUCUUCCGCCAUCAACUCCACGCGUUUUAUCCAAUUUCAGCAACGUUUCAGCACCUCCACAAGAACAAUCAGUUCCAAUUUCUUCAAACACACCUUCUCUUUCGACAGCAGUUUUAGAGGCAAGGCGCUUCACUCGCGCUCAUUCUACGCUAGCGGCAAAUCCAACACAAUUGGGUGUCGAUAGGAUCCCCGUACAAGGGCCGAGACACAUACUUCUUGCCACGGCGUCAGUAGGGCUGUGCAACGAAAUCACGAAUCGAUCGGCGAUAGUACACGCUUUGAUCGAUCAAGGAUCCGAAGGAACGCUUAUUACAGAAAAUGCUGUUCAGCAAUUAGGCCUGCAGCGUCAUCCUACAGCUGCAGAUAUAUGCGGAGUAGGCCCAAACCUAUUUAGCCAAUCACGAUCAUUGGUUAGCUGCACUCUUCGUUCAUGCUUCGCCGCUCAUAUUGAGUCUGCUUAUGUUCUGAAGCAACUCACAGCACCACUGCCCAGCCAGGAAAUUGUGCCACAAGAUAUGGCACAUCUACGAGGACUCGCUCUCGCCGAUCCCAAAUACUACCAGCCGAAAAGAAUUGACCUCAUUAUCGGCGCAGACAUGAUCGCCCAAAUAUUGGAGCCGGAAACCCGCAUUGGCCAUGUUAACCAACCUAUUGCCCAAAAAACUCAUUUGGGAUGGAUCCUGUCGGGACGAAUAAAUUCUGACACGCCUUCUACUGUCACUAUUCGCUGCCACCACAGCAACCUUGAGCUUGAAGGGCUUGUGCGAAAAUUCUUUGAGAACGAGCAUGUGCCCACUUCUGUACCAAUGUCCGCUCAAGACCAGUGGUGCGAAGAUUUUUUCCAUAGCACUUAUACUCGACAAGCAAAUGGUAAAUAUCUGGUUCGUUUGCCUCUGAAGUCAUUAUAUGAUCCUAACCAAACUAUAGGCAAGUCGAAACAAAUUGCACUGAACAGAUUUCAUGAGCUAGAACGUCGACUCCAGCGUAAUGCCGAUCUCCGUGAGCAAUAUGAGGAUGGAAUUGAGGACUAUUUUCGCCUGAACCAAAUUCGCCCAGCUAGGACAAUGGAGGAACUGCACUGCUCAACUACCAAAUGUAACCAGCUAACCGUAACAUCCUGUGUACUGCCGCAUCACGCUGUGGUGAAAGAAACGAGUGUCACUACCAAACUACGAAUUGUCUACGAUGCGUCCUCGAAAACGUCAAAUGGACGUUCAUUGAAUGAUUUACUAUGCAUUGGCCCACCAUUACAAAACGACCUUUCGGCUGUCAUCCUGAAGUGGCGACUGCAUAGAUACGUCUUCUUGGCCGAUAUACAAAAAAUGUAUCGAUGUAUCGACAUGAACCUAGAGGAUUCAAAUUAUCAACGCAUAUUGUGGCGCAACAAAGAUGGACAUGUUUACGAAUAG